GCGCCCUGAAGCCCCAGGCCGGGCUCAGCCGGAGCGGAGAGGUGAGGGGAGCCUCAGCCUGUGCCAGAGGACACGGAGCUGCCGCGGCACCGGCGCCUCCGAGCUCUCCCACCCUGGCACGGCUGCCACAGCGCCCGAUGGCCGCGGACGCUCUCUCCACGUGGCCCGGCAAUGGCACUCGGGCUCCUUGCCCCGUGGAUUCCGCCUUCGCCCAGCGCUUCCUGCCCGCCGUGUACCUGACCGUGAUCCCCCUGGGGCUGCUGGGCAACGGGCUGGGGCUGUGGCACCUCUGCACAGGACCUCGAGAGGGUGCCCGCCAGCCGCUCAGCCUGCUGGUGGGCAACCUGGGGCUGGCCGACCUGCUCUAUGUCAGCACUCUGCCCUUCCUCGUCAGCUACUACCGCCAAGGCAGAGUGUGGAUCUUCGGGCAGCCCUGGUGCCGCCUCACCCGCAGCCUCUUCCACCUCAACCUCUACGCCAGCAUCGGCUUCCUCAGCUGCAUCAGCAUCCACCGCUACCUGGGCAUCGUGCACCCGCUGAAGGCGCGGGGCAGGUGCCGGGGUGCCGCCUCCUCCGUGUGGCUCAGCGUGGCAGUGUGGCUCUGGGUCAUCGCACAGAUAGCUCCCGACCUCGCCUUCAGCAAGGCAGACGGCAACAAGACGCAGUGCCACGACACGACGGGACAGGAGCACCUGGAUGUUUACUUGCCCUACACCUUUGCUGUCACCGUGACGGGCUUUGUCAUCCCGUUCCUCAUCAUCAUCGGCUGCUACUGCCACGUGGUGUUCGUGCUCUGCAGGAAUGACAGCGUGGACGCCAGCCUCAGGAGGAGAAGCAUCGGGCUGGUGAUCCUCGUCAUGGUUCUCUUUUCCAUCUGCUUCCUCCCCUACCACAUCUUCAGAAACCUCAACUUGUUUUUUCGUUGGCGGCCACAAGGGUCCUGCACACAGGCUUCAAAGGAUGUCUACGUUUCCUACCAGGUGACUCGGGGCCUGGCCAGCCUCAACAGUGCCCUCAACCCCCUGCUCUACGUGAUCACCAGCAAAGACUGGAGGUCACGAGUGAGAAGCAUCAGCCAAAGUGCCAGGCAGUGUCUGAGGCCACCCUUCCGGAGCAAAACCCCUGGCCAGGCAGCUGAGAAGAAGAGGAACAACAUUCUUUGUAAAGGGGAGGCUUCUAACGAGCUCUGA